CAACGAGCAUAGCACCAGGCAAAGCCAUUUUCGGGCGUCGGAUGGCUUUUCAGCUACCCAGGUUAAGCCAGUCGACCUCGAGUUACCUGCAGCCGUUUCUAACCCAGGUUGUGAACCUCGUGCAGGAGUAUGACCGGCUGCAUGCGGAGAACCAGCAGCUCAAGGCAAACACCAAGGACGCUUCUUUCGAAGUCCAGCAGGACAUCGACUUCGAUGACGAGAUCCUUCAGGAGAGGUGCAACUUGGAGGAUGUCGUGCCGAUGCAGUGCGUUUCUGUAGUGCCCCAGGACCCACAGGUUGGCGAACAUUUCGGAGACGAGGAAUGCAAAGUUCACUUCGAGUCCCCGCUUCGGACGCUGUCAGGAAUUCCAGAAGUAUCCUACGAGGGCACUGGCCAGGCGGACAUGGGCAAGAAAGGCCCAGUCAUGGGCCAGGCCGUUUUUCAGAACUCCUCGGACAUGAAGCAGGCGGUACGAGCUGAACUCAUGAAGGACGGAGGGUACGACGUGAAGAUGUAUUACAAGCAGUCUGGUCUUUUUCAAAAGAUCGCAAGGCAUCCAUGGUUUGAGAAUAUCACAAUGUUCAUCAUUGGAAUCUACGCUAUGUGGAUGGCAGUCGACACAGACUUGAACCGCGCUGAAGUAAUUUUGCAGGCGGAUGCAGUGUUCUUUGUGGCUGAGCAGAUAUUUUGCUUGUACUUUUUCGUGGAACUUGUCAUUCGAUUUCUGGCUUUCAAGGCCAAGCGGAACUGCCUCAGAGACGCCUGGUUUGUGUUCGACUUCCUCUUAGUCAUCACGAUGGUCUUGGAGACCUGGGUUAUGACCGCUGUGCUGUUGGUGACGGGGGCUGGGACCAGCAGCGGUCUCCUCUCCAACGCCUCCAUCCUUCGUUUGGCCAGGCUCAUGCGCCUGUCGCGGCUUUUUCGAAUGGCGCGCUUGCUGCGGAUGGUCCCGGAGCUGCUGAUUUUGGUGAAAGCGAUCGCGGCGGCGAUGCGGUCCGUUGGCUUCACGUUGCUGCUGUUGGUCAUCGUUUUGUACGUCUUCGGCAUCGGAUUCACCCAGCUCUUGCGCGGCUCCCUCGUGGGCUCCGAUACCUUCCCAGGAGUCUUCCUGUCCAUGCAGAGCCUCUUCUUGCACGGCACCCUCUUGGACUCCAUCUCGGACCUGGUCGCCGACUUCAUCACACAGGAGCAAUACCUGGCCUUGGCCCUCCUGUAUGCCUUUCUGAUUCUUUCGGCCAUUACUAUCGCCAACAUGCUGAUCGGCGUGAUCUGCGAGGUCAUCACCGCAGUGGCCGCUGCAGAGAAGGAGGCGAUUCAGAUCACUUGGGUGAAAGAGACACUGAACCGGGUCAUGGGCUGCACAGACGAGAACUUUGAUGGGAAGCUGCAGAAGAGCGAGUUCUUCAUGAUCGCUCAGGACAAGGAUGCAGUAAGAGCUCUCAAGGAACUGGGAGUGGAUGUUUUCACGCUAAUCGACUUUGCUGACAUGAUCUUCGAAGAGCCGGGGGAGGAUGCUGGCGAAUCUGGAGAAGCCGAGCUUUCCUUUGCCGACUUCAUGGAGGUCAUCCUUCAGUUCCGCGGAACAAACAUGGCCACUGUGAAGGACAUGGUGGACUUGCGGAAGUGGUUCACGCUUCAGUAUCGCCAGAUGCUGAAAAGCGACUUAGAAGAGAUACUCGUUGGCAAGGUCGAUGCCGACGCUUCUCGCACAGCGAAGAAAGGCUUGAGAACUUCUCUGUGGACACAUCGGUGGUCGCCAUCUACCGAAGUCCCUGGCGCAUCUGUGAAUCUUUGACUCGAAGCCGAUGGAACCCGCUCUUUUGCGCUCGCAGUGGAGCGAGGGAAAUCAGAGCAUUUGAGA